AUGCCCUACUAUGAUCACCAAUCGCUCCGCGAACUCCUCGGCAUCAACGAAGAAGCCUUCGAAGAGGUCAAGAUGAUGAUGCAGCAAGUCUUCCUCGCCCACCUCGUGGGUCUCGGCAAAGCUCGCUUGAACUGCUCUCCCAACAAGGAGAAGGUCGACAGAGCCAUCGCAGAAUGCAUAGAAGGCUUUCAAGGGUUCGCAUUGAUAGACGAAGAGAAUAUAGUGCCCGUGACUGGAAUGCUACGGAUGUACGCUAGUAUGAUCACGAACAACAAAAGGUUGAGAGAGAAGGAGAGAAUUGAUGGACGGCGAGCGUCGACCGAGCCCUCUGCGAAGAAACCGAAGACCAAGAGAAGAGGAAGCGAAGACGACAUGAGGAGUGGAAGAGGAGAGAGAGGAUUGAGACCAAGAACAAGGGCCGAGAUAAGAGAAGAGGAGAGGGUCGAUGAAGAUGAAGAAGAAGAAGAAGAGGAGGAGGAGGAGGAGAGGGAGGAGGAUACGAUGGAGGGUGUGCAGAGAGAGGAGAUGGAUACAGAGGUAAUGGUUGAAGCCGAAACGAAAAGAAAGUCCCUCGAACUUGACAACGCUGGAUUCACUAGCGACAUGUCUGCCGCCCCCCCAGCCGAGUCUUUCGCCCUUCCAGCAAAGUCUGCCGCCCUGCCAGUCGAAUCCGCCCAGCUUGCCCUCCCAGCCCAGUCUGCUCUGCCUGCUCUGCCAGUCAAGUCCGCUCAGCCUCCCAUCCCAGUCGAAUCCGCUCAGCCUGCCCUCCCAGUCGAGUCCGCCUUACCUGCCCUCCCAGCUCAGCCUGCCCACACUGCCGUCCUCGGGACGUCCCAGAAACCUUUUAUACACCCGGCUUCCCCUUCUGCAGAUAUUCCGAAGACCUUCUCAACUCUAAUGAUGGGACGGAAGUUGAUGCAGGGUCGGCAUGGCUCGUCAGCAGAGCCCGAGGGCGUAUCGGCUCUGCAUCAAGUUCCGGCGUUGGGCAUGCCGACACGACACGGGACCUCGAUCCCCCAAGGAGCAGUAGCAACGACGACAACGGCAGCAGCCCGGCCUGCGCUCGGAGAAAGGUCAAAGAAUACAAGCCUCGCUUCAGCGAGGGGUUUCAGAAGUAUGCAGUUGAGAAACCAGCUGAAUAAAAGGGCUUAA